AGACGGUUUAUUUUGGCACGAAAAAUGAAUUUUGAAUUGACAGAGAUGACAAGGACGUACCUAUUCUCCCGCUAAUCUCGGCAUUUGAUGAGUAUUAUUAUGUCCAGAAUGGCACUCUGACUGAAACAAACAAGCAUGACUCGAGCCUACUCUUUCCUCGUCUCUUUGGUGUUCAUCACUAUGACCCCUUCAACACCGCAGGUGGAAGCCUUCUCCUACCACAUCAACUGCGGUGCUUCCACCGACUCCACCGACUCCUUCAACACCACCUGGCUCUCCGACCGCUUCUUCUCCGCCGGCUCCUCCGCUCUCGUCUCCGAGCCUCUCCAUUUCCCUCUCCCCUCCGAGAAAACCCUCCGCUUCUUCCCUCCCUCCUCCUCCGGCAAGAGAAACUGCUACACCUUCCCUUCUCUCCCUUCCCCCUCCCGCUACCUCCUCCGCACAUUCACCGUCUACGACAACUACGACGCCAAGUCCCGCCCUCCCUCCUUCGACGUCUCUCUCUCCUCCACCGUCCUCUUCAGCUGGCGCUCCCCCUGGCCGGAGUCCACCGCCCGCAAUGGCGCCUACUCCGACCUCUUCGCCUCCCUCCCCAACACCUCCUCCCUCGAUCUCUGCUUCUACGGCUUCGCCACCGAUUCCCCUCUCGUCUCCUCCAUUGAACUCGUCCAAGUCCACCCCGCCGCCUACACCAACUCCAACAACCUCAUUCUCGUUAACUACGGCCGCAUUUCCUGCGGCGCUGCCGCCAAACCCUGGGGCGCCGGCUUCACCAACCACACCGACCGCUUCUCCCGCUCCUGGCAGCCGGACUACGACUUCCGAACAAUACCGGAAGAUCGCGACGAGGUCCGCUCUCUCUCGACGGAUAACUCAAUCUCCGGCGCCGACGAGGCGCCUAAUUACUUCCCGAUGAAGUUGUAUCAGUCCGCGGUGACCACGGAGGGGCCGCUGGGGUACGAAUUGAGUGUGGACGCGAAAUUGGACUAUACGGUGUGGCUGCACUUCGCGGAGAUCGAUUCCAGCGUCAACAAAGCAGGGGAGAGGGUCUUCGAUAUCUUCAUCAACGACGACAACGUCACCAGGCUUGACAUAUACAACCACGUCGGUGCUUUCGCCGCGUUGACUUUGAAUUUCACCGUCAAGAACUUGAGCGAUAACGUCUUGACACUCAAGCUCGUGCCAGCUGUUGGGGCUCCUCUCAUUAGUGCCAUCGAGAAUUACGCCUUGGUCCCUGUUGACCCUUCCACUCUCCCUCUCCAAGUGAGUGCAAUGAAGGCGUUGAAAGAGUCGCUGCGUGUUCCUGAUAGAAUGGGUUGGAAUGGUGAUCCCUGUGCUCCUACUAAUUGGGAUGCUUGGGAGGGGGUUACUUGCCGCAUGACUAAUGAUAAAACUGCUCAUGUCAUAAGUCAGAUAGAUCUUGGCAGUCAAGGCUUGAAAGGGUUCAUAAGUGACCAGAUUAGUCUUUUGUCCGACUUGGUAAGCCUGAAUUUGAGUUCUAAUUCCUUGGGAGGGGAAAUACCACCGGGACUAGGUCAAAAAUCCCUGAUACAAGUGGAUUUAUCCAACAAUCAGUUAAUGGGAUUCAUACCUGAUAGUUUGGCAUCUUCGAAUUUGAAGCUUGUGCUAUUGAAUGGUAAUUUAUUGGAAGGACGAGUUCCAGAGCAACUUUAUUCGGUUGGUGUGCAUGGUGGAGCUAUUGAUCUCUCUGGCAACAAGGGAUUGUGCGGCGUACCAUCUCUUCCAUCAUGUCCUAUGUUUUGGGAGCAUGGUAGAUUAUCCACUCGGGGUAAAAUUGCAAUAGCCUUGUCAUGUCUCUUUGUUUUCUGUGUGGUACUGCUGGUGGCAUAUAUCUACAUCAGGAGGAAAAGGAACGAUUAUGAUUUCGCUCUGCCUCAUGAACUAAUGUCAUUAGCUGCCAAGAGAAAUCGCUAUCAGAGGCAGAAAUCAUUGAUGCUUCUUGAGCUGGAGAGUCAGCAUGCCAAGGGAUUGCCUUCACCUUUUACUCCACAAUAACUGUUUAUUUUUUAAUAGAAAUGGAAGAUUGAAUUUUAUAGGUUUAGGCUAAACAUGCAAAAUUAUUGCUUAGAGAAAGUAAUAGAAUGUUACAGGCUUGCAGCACCCGGCUCGGCCAUGAGGCAAGGCCGCACUAGAAUGAAAGAAAAAAAAUGGUUUAUGGGGUGCGGGUCUGCUUUUCUUCUACAACUUUGUCAUGUCGAGGAUUCUGCAGGAUACUUAUUGCCAUGCACUGUGACAAUAGUUUCCUGAAUCAUCAUAAAAAGGAAUAUACCUGGUUGUAUCACUAGCCAUCUUUUGACGAAUAUACCUGAUAGGAAUAACCCCAUCAAUGUAUACAAUUUGAGCCACAACUUAGUGUCCAGUUGUUCUUGUUACAUCAAUUCUGCUUGGUUCAUACAUAACCUUUAUACUGAUUCAUAUAGCCAAACAUCAGCGAGUUUUAUUGUACAAUGUACCGUCGAAUCUUUUCCAUUCAUUUACCAAGUAAAGCAUGAUACAGAUAUUUUCGUA